AUGACCUCUAUAGCCUUCAAACUGAAAGGCCUCUCUAAACAAGUCCGCAACGACUUCAUUAGAGAAGCUGGAAUUAGGCUACAGGCUCGCUUGGCCAGAGAGGCUGAGGAAAAGUUCGGGAAGGAAGCAAAAGAGAAAGUUCGCCUGGAAGAAGAGCAAAGGAUCAGAGAAGCUGAAGAAAAGGCUACUGCUAAAGCUGAUGCGGCUACUGCUGAGGCUGAGGCAAAAGCAAAAGUUGAAGCUGAAGAAGCAGCACGCAUUGCUGUAGAGGAAGCUGCCAAAGCAAGUGCUGAUGCUUUGAAUCAAGGGGAGCAAUCUACCUCUGGUUUUGCCCCUCUGGUCUUGAAGACUCUGGAGGAACUGUAA